GUCUGUUGACAUCAGGAACUCAGCAUCAAAUUCAGGUACCUACCACAUCGAAGCAGAAGCAAGGUGGCGAUCAGGAGAGGUCGCAUUGGCAUGCACAACAAAAUGGAUUGCGACAUUGCCGCAGAAACCGCGACAGGGAUGCAGGGAGCGCGCACAAGGAAUGGGGCGCUAUUCCUUGUUGCUUUGCUGGUUGAACCCGUCUCUUCAACCUUGAGGGGGUCCCCUGACAAGCGUGGGAGGACAAGUGGGGGGCUUGGUGCUUCCUGGCGUUUUGGCUCUCCCCGGAGGACACUACAAAUACUGUGCCACAGACUGCCUUGCAGUUGGCAUGAGCUGUACAGAUAGCAUAGAGGCCACUCCCCUUCUGGUUCCUGACAUUAGCCACCCGUGAAGAGAAAGAGUCAGCAGAGGCGCUUCAGUGCAGAUAGAAUCAACAAGUUGUCUAUCGACCUUUAACCACCGCUUAGCACUCUAAAAGGCUCUGCUAGCAACUGCAUUAGGGUUCCACCGUCGGAGGGCCGUCACAGCAAACCUGCUAGAGUGUAAGAGUCUUUUGCCAGCUCCAGUUGCUCUACACGAAUCACCGCCGAAUCCUAGAGCAAUCAGGGUGGAUCUCUUCCUUGCGUGAUUCCUUGCUAAUGACCGACACGCUAGACUUGAACAAUGCCCCUCCAUUCCCACCUCAGAAUGCUGCAGCUCUUACUCUGCAAGCUAAACAACGCGCAUCAACCAGAAACUCUGCUUCUUCAAUUCCCCAGCUAGGCCCAAGCCGGCUUUCCAUCACCAGCCUAGCAGCAAAAGGGGGGAGCGCAAAUUCUCAGUUGAGGAUGCGGGGGGGCUCGGCAAGGGGGGCGGCACACCCCCACAAACCAGGGCUAAAGCGGCUUCGGCGUUUCCUGCUGGCCUUACUGCCCUUUGCAUUUGUUCUCCACUUUGCAUUAUUGAAGUCGCAGGCACUCCCGUUCAUUGAGGGGCUACGGAAGACGGGGUUUUGGGGGGAGUGGAAGGGCGAGGAUUCGCAAGGGGGGGCUGUGCCGCACCUGGCUGCGGAGACCUUGCGAGACCGAAAAGCACUUGAGAGCAGGGAGCGGUGGAGGGAGGUCCAGCUGCAGGGGGGGUGGGAAGCUGCAAAAGCACUGGGGCUCACAGUAAGGGGCGGGGAGUCAAAUGAAGAGAUCAUUGUACAUGGAUUGCAGACCGGGAUUGAGGAGGGGGGCAGCGGGAAGCGAGUAGGGCUGGCGCAACGGGAAAAACUAGACGAGGACGAGGAUGACGACGAGGAUGUCGACACCCAGAGGGCCAUGGCGACAGACCCGCCUGCCGUCGUGGAGCAACUCGCGGCAGAGGGCGCGAAGGGAGAAAUUGGCCUCGAAAAGGCUGGUUUUGACCAAUUGAAGCCGGAGCAAAAUAAAGAGAGUGCACGGGAAGACCGGACACAGGAUACAGGCGGCCAUAACGUGGGUAUAGGUGCGGCUGGGGGUGCGUCUGGGGGCACAGCCGAGCAAGGAGAGGAUGCUCCACAUCGGCAGCAAUUGCCGGAGGAGGCGCCACGGCAAAACGAGGCCCUGGGGGGGGAGGGGACGGUAGUGGAUCAGGGGACGGGCGGGGGCCAAGACGGGCAGCGGAGGCAACAAUGGUUGCAAGAGGGGCAGGAGCGGUCGGCGCGCGAUUUUGCGUUGGCUGGGGCGUUGGCGGGGGGGUUGAAGCUGGGGUCUGCGGAGGGGGCGGACAAGAUUGUGGAAGCCGGGGGGGAGGGGGAGUGGGGGGAGGAGACGGAACUAGAGCGGCGAGCGCAGCUGACCGAGGGUGCCAAGCGGGCGGCGUACGGUGAGGUAAAAAGCGCAGAUGUUGAGAAGAAGGCGAAGUCGAGCAAGCCGCGGAGAUACCUGUACUUCGGGGAGACGAUCGAUGACGGCCAAACGGGUGGCCUCAUCCAUCAGGUAAACGGCCUGGCCUGCGGUCUUCAGGAGGCGCAUCAUCUGAAGCGCUACUUUGUGAUGCCCACAAUGUUUCGGCUAGACGACCGGCAUCGGUGGCUGCCCCAGGGCUUCCCGCCGGAGAAGAGCGUCAACAACUGGGGAGCCCAAGGGCCCGUAGACGAUGCCGAGCGGUGGACGCCGCUCGAGACACUGUUCGACUUCAAGGCAAUGCGGAGUAGCAGCAGGUUCGUCCCCAACACCGAUCCCCGGUGGCUCGCCACCCGCGAGAAAGCGGACGCGGAGAACGCCACGGUGCUCAUCCAGGGCUGGGCCGACCGCGACCUGCUCAACCGGGGGGGCAAUAAGUCGGCGCCCGUGAUCGUGCACAAAGCGAGCGAGUUUUGGUUCACCAACUGCCUGAAAUACAAGCCCCCCCGGGUUGCCGAGCACAAGUGGGAGUGGGACCACAUCGUUUUUGCGGCGCCCCUGCGCGGCGUUGCGGAGCACAUGAUCAGCGUCAUGGGGGGGCGCGGCAACUAUUCGACGAUGCACAUCCGGCGGGGGGACAAGCUGACGUACAUCUCCGUCAAGACGAAGCAGCAGGUGUGGCCCAACCUGGACCUGGAGACGCGGCCCGACUUCAUCGCGGCCAAGAUCGCGCAGUGGGUGCCAAAGAACGAGAGCUUGUACAUUGCCUCGAACGAAGCCGAGCUCGGCUUCUUCAAGCCCUUAUCAGAAAAGUAUGGCUUCAAGAUUUGGACGUACCACGACUUCUUAUAUGCGCUCAACUUGUGUGUUGACAAUGAUUACCAACUAUUUGCGGUUGAGAUGGAAGUGGUAAAACACGGGCGAUUGAAGAUAGCGACCUUCAAGGAAGAUAGUCCCCAGUAUUACCUGUCGUCACACGCGAGGUGGCCGGCAGGUCAAUAGACGAACAUGAGUAGAACGUGAGGAAAGAGUUGCGUUUGCAAGAUAGUUCCGGAAACUGUAUCUUUAUUGCAUGAGUCAAUACUAGCGAAGCGUGCUGUCUGCAUAUCAUACCGUAAACCUCACAAUAGUCUACUCCUCUACCACUUACGUGGCCCAACAUACAGCGCUCAAGCCAAACUAUCGCUUUCAUU